CAACCAUCUACCAUUUUGUCAUAUCAUAUGCACUUAACAUGAAAACAUCAACUACCUUGUACACUUUUGUUUCCUUCAUUACUAUCCUCUUCUUCCUCUUCUCUCCCUCUCUAGCAUCUCUUCUUCCCUCCCCAAAUACCACAUGCAACAUUACACCUUACCCAUCUUUCUGUACAACUACUCUCCCUCCUAACUAUUUAUCCAUACAUGAUCAAACCCUUUUCUUCAUUCAACAAUCUUUAUCAAUAACUAAUACCAUUUUUCAAUUAAUCUCUUCUUAUUUUAACCAAUCCAACAUUCCAUAUUCCACUUUACUUGUUCUGCAAGAUUGUCUUAAUCUUUCUGAAUUAAAUAUUGAUUUCUUGUCCAAUGUUAUCCAAGCCAUAGAAAUUAAUACUAAUACAAUGAGUACUAAUCAAGGUUAUGAUUUGCAAACCUUACUUAGUGCUGUUUUAACUAAUCAUCAAACAUGUUUAGAUGGUUUUAAUGAGGUUAAUCCUUAUCCAAAUAUUAGUACUACUUUAUCAAACCCUCUUUCUGAUGGGACUAAAUUUUAUAGGAUAUCUCUUUCUUUUUUCAAUCAAUAUCGGGUUAACACCGUCGUUGCAAGAUUAACAGAAAAAGCAAUUACAAUGAAUAAUAGAAAAUUGUUACAAACAAGUGUUGACAAUGUGAUGGUGACAGAAAGAGUGAUUGUUAACCCUGAUGGAUCUGGAGAUUUUGUUACAAUAAAUGAAGCUGUGGAUGCUGCACCUAACAAAACAGGCACCGACAAUGGUUAUUAUGUAAUUUAUGUUGUUGCUGGGAUUUAUAAUGAGUAUGUGUCUAUUUCUAAGAGUAAAGAGAAUCUAAUGAUUGUCGGAGAUGGUAUCGGUCGGACUGUGAUUACCGGUAAUCGUAGCGUGGUUGAUGGUUGGACCACUUUUCAGUCUGCAACUUUUGCUGUAACUGGAAAAGGAUUUGUUGCUGUGAACAUAACAUUUCAAAACACUGCCGGAUCAAGCAAGCAUCAAGCAGUUGCAGUGAGAAACGGAGCUGACAUGUCUGUUUUCUACAAUUGUAGCUUCGAAGGUUACCAAGACACGUUAUACGCGCAUUCUCUCCGACAAUUCUACAAAAACUGUAACAUUUACGGCACAGUUGAUUUCAUAUUCGGCAAUGCAGCAGCAAUAUUCCAAAACUGUAAUAUAUAUCCAAGACUCCCAAUGCAAAAUCAAUUCAAUGCAAUUACAGCACAAGGAAGAACAGAUCCUAAUCAAAACACAGGAUUUUCAAUAUGGAAUUGUUACAUUGUAGCAGCUAGUGAAUUAGGGGGUGCAAAUAAUAAUUAUAAUGGUAUAAAGACAUAUUUGGGUAGGCCUUGGAAGGAAUAUUCAAGAACAAUUUAUAUGCAAUGUUUUAUUGAUGGUUUAAUUGAUUCAAAGGGUUGGAUUGAAUGGUUAGAUGAUUUUGCAUUAAACACAUUGUAUUAUGCAGAGUUUGCUAAUUGGGGACAAGGUUCAUAUACUAGUAAUAGGGUCACAUGGAAAGGAUACCAUCAAAUUGAUGGAAAAAAUGCUGAUGAAUUCACAGUGUACAAAUUUAUUCAAGGUGACAUGUGGUUGCCUAUGACAGGAGUGCCUUUUAGAGCUGGAUUACAGUGAUUAUAAUUUUGGAAAAUGCUAUCGAGUGCCUUCGGGGCACUCUGACUUUAAAUAGUAAGUUUUUAUGAAAGUUUUAUAAAAAGUUGUAAAGUCAAUGCAUUGGAAAUUAAAAUGUUUAACUUUUUAAAUAA